AUGCCAAAUAUCUCUCGCACCGUCCACAAUAGAAUCUUCAUCUCUAUCUCCGUACUCCUGCUCGCUGUAACCCCUGUCUUCGUCUUUCCAGGAAUCGAUAACUCCCCACAACUCUCCACUACCGAAAUCCUCAGCCGCAUAACGUCGUUCCUCAACCCAUUUUCAACCACAAAAUACUCAGGCAGCAUGACUGGAAAGAAAUCGGUGGCUUACUUUGUGAAUUGGGGGAUCUAUGGUCGAAACUAUCAACCACAGGGCGUGCCAGCCGAAUAUCUAACCCAUAUCUUGUACUCUUUCGCAAAUGUUCGCCCAGAGAGUGGUGAGGUUUACUUGAGUGACACCUACUCUGAUCUUGAGAAGCACUACUCCACAGAUUCUUGGAACGACGUUGGUACCAAUGUUUAUGGCUGUAUAAAACAGCUAUUCCUACUCAAAAAACGCAACCGUAAACUUAAGACCCUCCUCUCCAUUGGGGGCUGGACCUACUCCUGUAACUUUGCAGUUCCGGCGUCGACAGCGGCCGGAAGAGAAAAAUUUGCUUCCAGUUCCAUAGAGCUAUUGAAGGAUUUGGGCUUCGAUGGUAUUGAUAUCGAUUGGGAAUAUCCUAAAGAUAUUACUGAAGCACAAAACUUCGUACUGCUACUAGCCGAGUGCCGCCGUCAAUUAGACGCCUACGCUGCUCGGCACUGUCCUGGAACAAGGCUUCUUCUGACGAUUGCUGCACCCUGUGGUACCGCCAAUUACUCUAAACUUCUGAUGAGGGAAAUGAAUCAAUAUCUCGACUUUUGGAAUCUUAUGGCCUACGACUUCGCCGGUUCUUGGGAUUCAUCUGCGGGGCACCAAGCAAAUCUAUACAAAUCACACCAACACCCCGCUUCAACACCUUUUAGCGCCCACGACGCCAUUGAAGCAUAUGUUUCAGGUGGAGUUCCGGCACACAGGAUUGUGAUGGGUCUCCCACUUUACGGCCGCGCCUUUGAGAAUACCAAUGGGCCAGGCCACCAGUUUUCUGGCAUCGGACCCGGAUCCUGGGAGAAUGGCGUUUGGGACUAUAAGGAUCUUGCAAGGCCAGGUGCACACGAGAUAGAAGACAAGAAUAUUGGUGCAAGUUGGUGCUAUGAUCAGAAUUCAAGAGUCAUGGUCUCGUAUGAUACACCAAGUAUCGCUGAAUCAAAAGCAUCAUACAUCUGCUCAAAAGGUCUUGCAGGUGGUAUGUGGUGGGAACUUAGUGGCGACAAGCCGAUCACAGACCCAAAGUCGCUGAUCAAAACUACCGUUGACACGUUUGGUGGCAUCCACGCACUUGAGACCACGGAAAACUUGAUCAACUACCCUGCAAGUAAGUAUGAGAACUUAAAAAACUGCUUUGGGAGUGAGUAG